CUUUAUUUUCUUCAAUGUUUUUUUCUCUGUUUUUAUUUGAAUUGGUUUUGAGAAUUUAAUUGAAAUUAAUUAAGAUGACAUCUAAUAACGUUGAACCCAUGCAAUUGGAUUUACCAAUGGAUGAUGGAAGUUCUGCUGAAGGUGGUGACAUUGGUUCGACUUGGAAUGAUACAGCUUAUUCUUCCAAUUAUCUGGUCGACAAUCCAACCCUUGACUUGGAAAGUUAUGCUUCUUGUUACACCGAUUUGGCUAAAAUUCAACGUCUCGUAUUUAUUGCCGAUCAUUGUGUCUCCCUUCGAGUUGAUUCUCUUAAAAUGGCUCUCAAUUAUAUUAAAGAGAAAACCUUUAAUACAACCUUAUACACUCAAAUCUAUUGUCGCCUUAUUGAAGCUCUUAAACAACAAGGCUCAAAUCCUGAGAACAUUAUUGGUCCAAUUGAUUCUGGUUGGAUUGAAUCAAGAAGUAAAAAAGGUGCCAGUAAUUUAGAAAAGCUUGACACUGAUCUUAAAAACUAUAAAGCCAAUUCUAUAAAGGAAAGUGUUCGUCGUGGUCAUGACGAUCUCGGUGAUCAUUAUCUUAAAAUGGGUGACAUAAGUAAUGCCUUGAAAAGUUAUUCAAGGUCAAGAGACUAUUGUACCAGUGGUAAACAUGUAGUUAAUAUGUGCUUGAAUGUGAUUAAAGUCAGUAUUUAUGCUCAAAAUUGGAAUCAUGUGAUGAGCUAUGUAUCCAAAGCUGAAGGAACUCCAGAAUAUUCAUCCAAUAGUCCCAUAGCUACAAAGCUUAACUGUGCUGCAGGUUUAGCUGAUUUGGCUAAUAAAAAGUAUAUCGCAGCCGCUAAACAUUUCCUAGCUGCUAAUUUUGAUCAUUUCACACCAGAUUAUUGGGAGAUUUUAGGUCCAAAUAAUGUUGCCAUUUACGGAGGACUUUGUGCACUUGCUAGUUUCAACAGGAAUGAUCUUUACAAAAUGGUUAUCUCAAGUUCAUCGUUUAAAUUAUUCCUCGAAUUGGAACCUCAACUACGAGAUGCCAUCUCCAAAUUUUACGACUCUAAAUAUGCUACUUGCCUUUCCAUAUUAUCUGAAAUGAAGGAUAAUCUUUUAUUAGACAUUUAUCUCGCUCCACAUGUGAAAAUACUCUACAAUAUGAUUCGUAAUCUAGCAUUGGUACAAUACUUUUCACCUUACUUAUCAGCCGAUAUGAAUAAAAUGGCCUCAGCAUUUAACACUAAUGUAAAUGCUUUGGAAAAUGAGUUGAUGCAACUCAUAUUGGACGGACAAAUUCAGGCUCGUAUUGAUUCCCACAAUAAAAUACUUUACGCUAAAGACGUUGACCAACGGACAGUUACCUUUGAGAAAGCAUUUAACAUGGGAAAAGAAUGGCAAAAGAAAACGAAAGCUUUGAUUCUGAGAUCGGCCAUGUUGGAAAAUGGAAAUAUUUUAGUUCGAAGUCCACCACAAUUAAGAGGAGAUGAAGGAACAAAUUCUGUUACUGGUCAGAACAAUUUAACACCAGUGGUGGCAGCCAAGUGAAAACCAUGUUAAUCUUAAACAGAAAGGAUUAUAAAAAUUUUCUAAUCAUCGCUUUUAUUAAGGCAAAUUAACUAAACAAAAAAACAAAUCAAACAUUAAUGGAAAUGGCUGAUCCAUUACAUGAAUAUAAAUAUGUUUCACACUUUAUUACCUCCAACAAUUUGCUCUUUAAUAAUUAAAAAAAAAUACAAAUUUCCAAGAUUAAUUGGACUGAAUUAACAAGAGUUAAAAAAAUCAGAUUGGAAAUUUAAAUUGUUCCAUCCAAUAGAAACUCCAAUAAACAAAAGAUGGAACCACAAUCAAUUUAAA